UGUGAGAGUCCACGCGUCGAAAAGUAGGUUAGCAGGGUAGACUGAGAGGAAGGCACAGAGAGGGAAGGAUUGACUAGGAAAGGGAGGAGAAAUCGGAACGACGACAACGACGUUGCUCUUGAGUGCCGUACAUUAUAGAAAUCGUAUAUCAAAAGUUGCAUGAAUUAUCUCGACGGCUGAAAAACAAAGAUCAGGAGAUAUUUGCGGUUAUAUUUACUCUCGAUAAUGCUCCACUUUGGAGCUAAAAGGUUAUAUUCUGCUAGCUAUCUGAGGCUAGCCACCUAGCUGGCCAACUUGGCAUUUUUUUCACAUUGAGGAGUUCAACCCAAAGAAACAAUCAAAAUGAGAGCCCAAAUUGAGGUGAUACCUUGUAAAAUCUGUGGGGACAAAUCUUCAGGGAUCCACUAUGGCGUGAUCACAUGUGAAGGCUGCAAGGGCUUCUUCCGCCGCAGCCAGCAAAACAAUGCCAUGUACUCGUGCUCACGGCAGAGGAACUGCCUCAUCGACCGCACCAACCGUAACCGCUGCCAGCACUGCCGUUUGCAGAAGUGCCUGACACUGGGCAUGAGCCGUGAUGCGGUGAAGUUCGGCCGCAUGUCCAAGAAGCAGCGCGACAGCCUGUACGCCGAGGUGCAGAAGCACCAGAAGUCUCAGUCCGAGUGCCUGAGUGGAGGCGCGGUGAUGGCGGGCGGCCAGGGGGGCCGCGAGGACAGCGGGGAGGAGGGCGGCAACAGCCGCUCCUACAGCAGUGGAGGCUCCAGCACCACCACCCUCAGCGACCUGGACGACAUCGCCGCACUGCCCGACAUGCUGUUCGACCUGCCGCUGACGCCCGAGGAGGCCAGCGAGUACUGCAGUGGCCUGGAGAUGCUGGGCGGAGGCGGUUACGGAGGAGGAGGAGGGGGCAGCGCUGGCAGCGGCUCCUCCAACCAGAGCUCGCCUGAGCCCAGCAGCAUGGACUCGGGAGACGGAGGGAGUCCGCUGGUCAAGCACGAGUACCAGAUGCUGGCGGAAACGGGCGUGCUCACACACUCCCCCCUGGGGUCCCUGCCGGACGACUGCUCCCUGCUGGAUAUAGAGCGAAUCACACAAAAUGUGGUCAAGUCCCACCUGGAAACAUGUCAGUACGGCACAGAGGAGCUGAAGAGGCUCACUUGGAGUCAGUACACGCCCGAGGAGACGCGCCACUUCCAGUGCAAGUCUGCCGAGUGGAUGUGGCCCCGCUGUGCCCUGCACAUCACCCACGCCGUCCAGUACGUGGUGGAGUUUGCCAAGCGCAUCAGCGGCUUCAUGGACCUUUGCCAGAACGACCAGAUCAUCCUACUCAAAGCAGGCUGCCUGGAGGUGCUGCUGAUCCGUGUGUGUCGUGCAUACAACUCCUCUAACAACACUAUGUUUUUCGAUGGCAAGUUUGCCAGUCCCCAGCUCUUCAAGGCUCUAGGCUGUGAUGACCUUGUAAACGCUGUCUUUGACUUGGCCAAAGGCCUGAGCCGUCUUCAGCUGUCGGAGGAGGAGAUGGCGUUGUUUAGUGCUGCUGUUCUGCUAUCCCCAGAUCGGCCCUGGCUGACAGACACCCAGCAGGUUCAUAAACUGCAGGAGAAAGUUUACCUGGCAUUGCAGCACAGUCUACACAUGUCCGGAGCAUCUGCUGAAAAACUGGAUAAGAUGGUUUCGAAGCUUCCUCAGAUGAAGUCGAUCUGCAAUCUCCACAUUGACAAGCUGGAGUUUUUCCGUCUGCUUCACCCUGAGACAGCCCACAGCUUUCCUCCACUCUACCGGGAAGUGUUUGGCAGUGAAAUCACCUUUCCCGAUUCCACCAACAGCUAAACACAAAGAGAGAAAGAGAGAAAAUAAAAUAAGAAAGGGAGAUAGGGUUAGGAAGGAGAGAGUAUGACAGAGAGGUUGUGUUUGGAGGAUAGGGGAAAUUAAAAGAAAAAAGACUUUAAAUUGAGUGAAACUCAGCUAACCAGCAGCAGUUCUGCGACAAUCCAGCACUUAUUCACUGUCAAGAAGCCCCUUCUUACCAUGCCCCUCUUGUCUGUCUGUCCCAGCACCAAUCACUGUUGCAAGGGGCCAACACAUUAUCCAUCAAUGUUGUGUCUAAUAGUUCCAUUGACCACACAGGACAUUGGACUCUCGCUCCAUCAGCACACGCUGACUUGUGUUGUCUAGCCCUUGCAUGUUCUUGAGAUGCCCAGCUCUCGUGAUGGGACAGACCCCAGUUCUCUCGCCUCCCCUGCUCCCCGCUCCUCAGUUUGAUCAUGAAUGUAAUCCCCCGGCCGUAGCACUUUCUCCCCAGAGAGGCCGAAUGUACAGACUCUACUUUUGGCCCUGCAUCGUACUUUAUGAACCCUGUCGGCCAGAGUAUUUUUAGCAGUUCAGAUAUCAUUGAAUUAUCUGGGCACAGCACUGGAGCCUAAUAUUACCGGUGUUAAGGGACCAAGAUCAACUCUCAGUAUUCCCUUUUUCACAAAAUGGACAAACAGACAGGGGUGAUGCAGAGCUGAGAGGCUCACUAUACACACAUUGAGGUGGCACACAUCUACAAAAUAACAAGAGAAAUCCUCAUUCUCAUACACAUACACACACACACACACACACACACAUUCAAAUAUUGCUCCCGUGUUUAAAGCACUUAUAACUCAUGUCGUGUACUUGUUUGUACAGGCACUUGUUUAUUCAGUGUUUGGUGCUGUUACUAUGUUUCUUUUUAAUGCAAUGUAAAACCUCAGUCCCAUAUCCCUUUCCCCUCAAAAUGCCACUUAGAGAAAGAGUGAGAAAUGACUAUGUUUGUUUAAUUUAUACAUACAUUUAUACAUGAUUAUUUUAAAGAAUGUAUAUAAAUAAAUAUAUAUUAGGAGAUACACAGAGAGAGAGAAAGCAACAGAGAGAGAGAGAAAGAAAGAAAGGAAGAGUCAUUGAGGUAAAAUGGAGGACAGCUGGUCAGUUUUUGAGAGAAAUACCAAGAGAGACAGAUCCAAAUCAGGGUGGUCACCUGUCAAUUGGCCUCCGGUUCCAGGGAAAUGAUGUACAAAUGAGGCAUGACAGCACAGACAAACUAAAGAUGUGGAAACUGUCCAAAGAGGCUUCCGACGACCUCUUGGGAAAGUUGUGAUUUUCGUCGCCAUGUUGAACUUGGCUCUCAGGGUUUUCCUCUCUACAGUGUGCAGACUCCACCCUCCAGAACCCUCCAGAGAGACUCUGUAGCAGAGUCACUUCCAGGGCCAAAUGGGGACGGAGUUUUACGUCUUGAGCAGAACUCCUCUGUUGAACGUUUUUUUUUACAUGAAGGCGAAGGGGUCAGUGCUGCUUGAGUCUGUGUAUGGACCUAUCAGAAGCCCAAAUGAAGGGCCCCAGACCUCACAGCCUGACCCUGUUGGACAAUCCUGAGAUGAUCUGAGCGGAAGAGGAACUCUGCUAGGAGAAGAAGCAUUUAUAUUAGUUUGUGUUCUCAGAAACAAUGUUAUACUAACCUUCGAUCUGCAGGAAUUGGACACAGAUAUACUCCUGUACAGUCUCCACCAUCAGACUUGGACAGGACACACCCAAUGUAAAAACACUGCAGGAUUUUCAAUGUAAUAUUUUGUAAAUUGAGGCUCCUUUCUCCUUUAGCUUGUUUGACCACUUCCUGUCCUUCCGUCCUGUUGUUCUUUUAUAUGUACUUCGGCACAACUCAAGAGUUGACAGAGAUCUCAGCUACCCCCCUGAUUUUGCAUUCGCAAUUCCAUCAGCAGCACUCUACGGAACAUGUAACAGCACUGUUUAAAUAUAGGGGAUAGCUGUAGGCCAUAACAGCUUUUGAUACGGAUGUAUUGGUGCAGUACAUUAUGUUUCCCGUGUUAUGCCCGACAUAGGAUAGAGAACAGUUAAAUUAUCAUUGGAAUUAUUUAACAAAAAUCUCCACAGUAUCUCUAAGUAACGCUAAAGUACCUGAAUCUGAUUGUAUAUACUUACAGUGCAAUUGCCAUUACUUUAUAUUAUCCAUCUAACAAUCUGCCACGGGCCUUGGACGUUUGCUCUCUGACAGUCUCAGUAAGAACACAGCACAGCCUGUCCGACGCCUCAGUUUCUCCAUAGAGCACCUUGUUUUUUGUUUGUUUCUUUGUUUGUUUUUGUUUUGUUUUUAAUCUGAAUAUUCUGGAUGCAUCAAGUAAAGCAUCAACCAAACGUAGACACUCAGGGAGAUAGCUGGUCUCUGUCUCACCAGGCUUCACGUAGUCUACUCCACACUUUGCACCGAGUAGGAGACCCUUUAUCCUUGAUCACUGUGUCCAGUAGCUAGAUAUAUAUAUAUAUAUAUAUAUAUAUUUUUUGUGAAUGUCAAUCACAAAGUGUCAAAGACCUUUCCUCUUUUCUCUGCAUAUAUUACAGGAUCUUUGAGCCUGAAUUAUAUAAGACAUAGGAUACUUUAAAACAAAUAAAAAAAUAAAUGAAUAAAAUUUAAUGAAA